UGCGGGAUGGGGCGGCAGUGAGGGCGGGCGAGAGGGUGGGUGUGCGUGUGCCGACGGGGCUCUUCGCCCCGCAGCCAAACCGUACCCGAGCCGUGCCGAACCCAGCCCUGCUCCCCGGUGAUGCUUAGUGACCCCGCCGCCUAACCCCGCUGUCCGCUGCCAUGGCGGCCCCGACCCCCGGGGGCGCGGCGGGGGUCCCGGCGGGGCUGCGGGCCACUGCCUGGCUGCUGGUGUGCGCCGCGCUGUGCCGGGGCCGCGCCGCCGCCUGCCCGCCGCUUUGCGCCUGCAGCGGCACCACGGUGGACUGUCACGGCAUGGCCCUGCGCGCCGUGCCCAAGAGCAUCCCCCGCGGCACCGAGCGCCUGGAGCUCAACGGCAACAACAUCACGCGGAUCAACAAGAAUGACUUUGCUGGGCUGAAGCAGCUCCGCGUCCUGCAGCUAAUGGAAAACCAGAUCAGCACGGUGGAGCGUGGGGCAUUUGACGACAUGAAGGAGCUGGAGCGGCUACGGCUGAACCGCAAUCAGCUCCACACCCUUCCUGAGCUCCUCUUCCAGAACAACCAGGCGCUGUCACGGCUGGAUCUGAGUGAGAACUUCAUCCAGGCCAUCCCCAGGAAAGCUUUCCGUGGGGCCACUGACCUCAAGAAUCUGCAGCUGGACAAGAACCAGAUCAGCUGUAUCGAGGAUGGGGCUUUCCGCGCCCUGCGGGGGCUGGAGGUCCUGACCCUGAAUAACAACAAUAUCACUUCCAUACCUGUGUCCAGCUUCAACCACAUGCCCAAGCUGCGGACAUUCCGCCUGCACUCCAACCACCUCUUCUGCGACUGCCACCUGGCCUGGCUCUCGCAGUGGCUGCGCCAGCGUCCCACCAUUGGGCUCUUCACCCAGUGUGCCGCUCCAGCCCAGCUCCGCGGCCUCAACGUGGCUGAGGUCCAGAAGAACGAGUUCAGCUGCUCCGGACAAACGGACUUGGCACGUGCCCAGCUCUGCAGCUUGUCCUCUGGUUCUUGCCCGGCCAUGUGCACUUGCAGCAACGGCAUCGUGGACUGUCGGGGCAAGGGUCUGACAGCCAUCCCUGCCAACCUGCCCGAGACCAUGACAGAAAUACGCUUGGAGCUCAAUGGUAUCAAGUCAAUCCCCCCAGGUGCCUUCUCCCCCUACAAGAAGCUGCGGAGGAUAGACCUGAGCAACAACCAGAUCUCAGAGAUUGCUCCCGAUGCCUUCCAGGGACUGCGCUCCCUGAACUCCCUGGUGCUGUACGGCAACAAGAUCACAGACCUCCCCAAGGGUGUCUUUGGGGGACUUUUCGCCCUGCAGCUGCUGCUUCUCAAUGCCAACAAGAUCAACUGUGUGCGGGCAGACACCUUCCAGGACCUGCAGAACCUGUCGCUGCUCUCACUCUAUGACAACAAGAUCCAGAGCCUGGCUAAGGGCACCUUCACAUCCCUGCGGGCCAUCCAGACCCUGCACCUAGCGCAGAAUCCCUUCGUCUGUGACUGCAACCUCAAGUGGCUGGCAGAUUUUCUCCGUGCCAACCCCAUUGAGACCAGUGGUGCCCGCUGCGCCAGCCCCCGGCGCCUGGCCAACAAGCGCAUCGGUCAGAUCAAGAGCAAGAAGUUCCGCUGCUCGGCCAAAGAGCAGUAUUUCAUCCCAGGGACGGAGGAUUACCAGUUGAACAGCGAGUGCAACAGCGACGUGAUCUGCCCCCCGAAGUGCCGCUGCGAAUCUGGUGUGGUCGAGUGCUCCAACUUGAAGCUCACCAAGAUCCCGGAGCGCAUCCCACAGUCCACAGCUGAGCUGCGCCUGAACAACAAUGAAAUUACCAUCCUGGAAGCUACUGGUAUCUUCAAGAAACUCCCACAUCUGAAGAAAAUCAACCUCAGCAACAACAAAGUGUCAGAGAUCGAGGACGGGGCAUUUGAGGGAGCAUCCUCGGUCAGUGAGCUGCACCUCACCGUCAAUCAGCUGGAGUCAGUGCGGAGCGGCAUGUUCAGGGGCCUGGACGGGCUGAGGACCCUGAUGCUGAGGAACAACCGCAUCAGCUGCAUCCACAACGACAGCUUCACAGGGCUGCGCAACGUCCGCCUGCUCUCCCUGUACGACAACCAGAUUAGCACCAUUGCACCGGGUGCCUUUGACACGCUUCAGUCCCUCUCCACGCUGAACCUGCUUGCCAACCCCUUCAACUGCAACUGCCAGCUGGCCUGGCUGGGGGACUGGCUGCGCAAGAGGAAGAUUGUGACGGGAAACCCACGGUGCCAAAACCCUGACUUCCUUCGGCAGAUCCCACUCCAGGACGUGGCUUUCCCCGACUUCAGGUGUGAGGAAGGUCAGGAGGAGACCAGCUGCAUCCCCCGGCCCCAGUGCCCGCAGGAGUGCACCUGCCUCGACACCGUUGUCCGCUGCAGCAACAAACACCUCAAGGCCCUGCCAAAGGGGAUCCCCAAGAAUGUCACAGAGCUCUACCUGGAUGGAAACCAGUUUACUCAGGUCCCAGGGCAGCUCUCCACCUUCAAGUACCUGCAGCUUGUCGAUCUGAGCAACAACAAGAUCAGCUCCCUGAGCAACUCCUCCUUCACCAACAUGAGCCAGCUCACCACUCUGAUCCUCAGCUACAACUCCCUGCAGUGCAUCCCUCCUCUGGCCUUUGAGGGCCUCCGCUCCCUCCGGCUGCUGUCUCUCCAUGGCAAUGACAUCUCCAGCCUCCCUGAGGGCAUAUUCGCAGAUGUCACCUCCCUGUCCCACCUAGCCAUCGGGGCCAACCCCCUGUACUGCAGCUGCAACCUGCGCUGGCUCUCCAGCUGGGUCAAGACAGGAUACAAGGAGCCAGGCAUUGCCCGCUGCGCUGGGCCCCCUGACAUGGAAGGCAAGCUGCUGCUCACCACCCCCGCCAAGAAGUUUGAGUGCCAAGGCCCACCGGCCCUGAGUGUCCAGGCGAAGUGCAACCCAUGCCUCUCCAGCCCCUGUCAGAACCAGGGCACCUGCCAAAAUGACUCCCUCGGCUCCUACCGCUGUGCCUGCCCCAGUGGCUACAAGGGCAGGGACUGUGAGGUGGCACUCAGUGGCUGCUCCUCCAACCCCUGUGCCAAUGGGGGAACCUGCCAGCCCCAGGAGGGGGAAGGACUUGGGUUCAGGUGCCUAUGCCCGGUGGGCUUCGAGGGCCUGAACUGCCACACUGCCAGCGACCCCUGCAGGGAACACAGCUGUGAGAACGGGGGCUCCUGCGUGCCUGGUGCCACCAACUACACCUGCCUGUGCCCUGCCCGCUACACAGGGGAUUUCUGUGAGCAGCCAUCGGAUUUCUGCUCAGCUGAGCUCAGCCCAUGCCGGCAUGGCUCCACCUGCAUCUCCACCAGCCAGGGGCCCAGGUGUGAAUGCGCGCCUGGCUACGUGGGGAGCAACUGCAGUGAGGACUUCGAUGACUGCCAGGACCACCGGUGCCAGAAUAACGCCCGCUGCCUGGAUGAGGUGAAUGGCUACUCCUGCCUCUGCACCGAGGGCUACAGUGGCCAGCUCUGCGAGAUGCCACCCCGUGCCACCGGCCAGCCUGGUCUCUGUGAGCGAGCUGAGUGCCAGAAUGGGGCCCCAUGUGUGGAGCGGGGCACCCGUGCCCUCUGCCAGUGUCUGCCUGGCUUUGGUGGCCCCAAGUGUGAGAAGCUGCUGAGUGUCAACUUUGUGGACCGUGACACGUACCUGCAGUUCACCGACCUGCAGGACUGGCCUCGGGCCAACAUCACACUGCAGGUCUCCACAGCUGAAGGCAAUGGCAUCCUGCUUUACAAUGGCGACAGUGACCACAUGGCUGUGGAGCUGUACCAGGGUCAUGUCAGAGUCAGCUAUGACCCCAGCACUCACCCCAGCUCGGCCAUAUACAGCGCCGAGACCAUCAACGAUGGGCAGUUCCACACCGUGGAGCUCGUGACCUUCGACCAGAUGGUGAACCUCUCCAUCGAUGGUGGCAGCCCCAUGACCAUGGACAACUCGGGCAAGCACUACACGCUGAACAGCGAGGCCCCCCUCUAUGUGGGAGGGAUGCCUGUGGACGUCAACUCAGCUGCCUUCCGCCUCUGGCAGCUCCUCAAUGGCACCAGCUUCCAUGGCUGCAUCCGCAACCUCUACAUCAACAACGAGCUGCAGGACUUCACCAAGACACGGAUGACGCCCGGGGUGGUGCCAGGCUGUGAGCCCUGCCGCAAGCUCUACUGCCUGCACGGCAUUUGCCAGCCUGCCGGCGCCCAGGGCCCUGUCUGCCAUUGCGAGCCCGGCUGGGAUGGGCCCCACUGUGACCAGCCCCGCGGGGGCCCCUGCCAGGGGCACAAGUGUGUGCAUGGGCUGUGCCUGCCCCUCGAUGCCCUCUCCUACAGCUGCCAGUGCCAUGAGGGCUACCAGGGUGCCCUCUGCAACCAGCCUGCUGAGCCGCCUGACCCCUGUCACCACUGGCCCUGUGUCCAUGGCCACUGCCGCCUCGCCCCAGGGGGCCAACCCACCUGCGAGUGCCACAGUGGAUACACCGGAGCCCUCUGUGACCAAGAGCCCGAGUGUCAUGGGGAGCCGGUGCGGGACUACCACCAGGUGCAGCGGGGCUAUGCCAUCUGCCAGACGACACGGCCGGUGGCCUGGGUGGAAUGCCGGGGGGCCUGCAGCAGCCCUGGAACUGGCUGCUGCACUGGGCUGCGGCUCCGGCGCAGGAAAUACGCCUUCGAAUGCAGCAACGGCUCAACCUUCGUGGAGGAGGUGGAAAAGCCCAGCAAGUGUGGCUGCAGCCAGUGCCUGUGAGCGGCCACUGGCCCUGGAGAGCUUGGGGGCUGGUGGGGAGCGCCCCCGGAGCCAAGGACUUUGCUUUGCCCUGCAGCUGUGGUGCUACUGUCUGGGUGUUUCCGAACUGCAUCUGCAUCAGGGAAGCCUGGCGGAGGGUAGAGCUGUUGCAUCUAGAGGUUUGGGGAAACAAACAAACAAACAAAAAAACAGAAACAAAGCAAAUGUGUAGAUAGAGGAUUUUUAAGAACUGCAGCUGCACAGAUGUGUGGAUAUGGGGUGGGCGCUCCGCCCAGCUGCUCCCUGCCUGCUCCCUGUGGCACUCUGCCUUUCCCUGGCACAGCCCUGCAGCCAUGGAGGGCAGCGCCUGUGUCCCUCUGUGUGUCCCCUCCCCAGCAGUCCCAUUCCUUGUGUCCAUCCAGGUGAGCUCGGGGCUUUUCCAACCCCUGGGGCUGGAGCAGAGGGACCUGAGGUGGCAGAGCCUCACAGACUGUGGCAAGCUGGGGCUGGCAGAGGGCUGCGUGGUGCAGCUGGUGUCCCGUGGUCCUGGCAAGCCCAAAGACUGGCUCCCUGCAGCGAGCGGCUCCCCAGUGCCCUGGCUGGGGUGCCGGAGCCCAGAGUGCCCUAAACAGUGUCACCAGCUCCACAGCUGCACACUGGUGGCACUUCUAAGCUGUGCUCACUGGCUAGGCUCUUGAGUUUCAUGGGACACAGCUCCAGACACUGCAGUGGCAUCAGGGUCAUGCCAGGUGGAGCGGGACCAGGCUGGUCUCAGGCAUGCUGAGCAAGGGUGUAAGCAGUGGGGCACAGGUAUCUGGGGAGGGGGGCUGUCCCAGCACCACCCCUGCCCUGUUCCAUGAGGUCCAGCACUGUGCUAUUUGGAGGGGGCCCCAAAUGCUGCCAGGACAGGUGGGUGGCUCUGCUCCAGAGCUGGGAGCAACAUGGGAACCCCUUUCCUCCAGGCUUGACCCUGGGGGAGCUCUGCAGCUGGGUUAGCGAAGUCCCACUGGCCCAGCCAGCCAGGGCAGGAGGCUGCUGGGACAGCCAGGGUGUGCGUUUGCUGUGACCAUCACCAGGGCGUCAGCCUUGUGGGUGCCGGCGCCUAUUUGAAGACGCAAGCCUGGAGCUGACACUGCUGCCAGGGCAGGUACUAUCAGCUCCUGGACUUGGUGUGGAUGCCCAGGCAGCCCCCUCAGAGCCUGCAGCGGCUGCACAGGAGCCGGGGCAAACAGAAGAGCCCAUGCCAGGGAACCACACACACCUGACCUUCACAGCAUCACUUCUACGCCCGUGGGCACCAAGGAUGGUGGAGGCCUGACCUGGGAUACUAUGCACAGCUGGAGAAUGUCACCACAUCACCCAGGUGGACCAACUCACCCCAGGACAGCAACCCCAGGUCCCUCCAUCUCACCAUUCCAGCACAUCGGCUUCAGGUCUGCACUGCCAGCUGUGGCCAGGCCCUGGGCAUCUCUGCCGGGUGCACCUGGCUCCGUGGGUGCCAUCGCCAUCCCUGCUCACCACCGGCACCCAGGACAUUCCCACCACCACGGGAAUGUGUUUCUGCCACAAAUGUCCUCUCCACGGGAGCCCCCUCUGCCGCACAGAGUAGCUGGGAUGUGUCUCAUUUUACUCGUGGCCUGGCCGAGGCUUGAUUGUGUUGUGUUUCUGUUCUUGCUGUAAGCUAACCGCUAAAGUAUCUCUUUAUACAGAAUACUUACAGAUUCUAAUAUAUAUUUGUAUUUCAUUUUGUUAUAGUAUUUUUAUAUGUUUGGGGUCAACAAAUGAUGUUUUCUUUUUGUUUACAGAUGCUACUGGGCAGGCAAAUGACAGUGGCUUUGUUUGGCCCGUGGGGUUUGUGUGUGUCACUGUUGAAGAUGCUGGUUUGUACUAGGCUGGUGAGGGAGGUACUGAGCAUCCUUCCGCUGGCAGAGGCUGUAUUGUUCUAGGAGAUGUUUGGUAUUGUCUAUGUUGUCUUCCAUGUGAACAUGACAUUUAUUCAGUCAGA